AUGGCCACGGUUAAGAGGCCAAACGAGCCCUCCGCUCAGCCCAUAAAGAGCCCUGCACACCUCGGAGACGAAAAGCGGGGACCAAAGCCGACGACAGAGAUUGAGGGCCGGCAUCCUGCGGCGAAGGCUGCGCGAGGAACAGACCUGCCCACGUCGCCCGGAGCCCUCGCCCCGCUCCUCCGCACGAGGAGGCUGCGCCCGCCACCCCCCUUCCCCACCGGCAGCCGGGGAAGCCCACCCUCAGGCUCACGUCCCGCCGUGGCCAUUUUUUCCCCCUUUUCUCGCCCGCUCCCUCCCGCCCGGCCGCCGGGGAGGAGCCGUCCGCGUCGGCGGGACCGCAGCCCGGCGGAGGAGGAGAAGGAGGGGGAGGAGGAGGAGGGCGACAGGGGGUGGAGACCGCCCGGGGCAGGGCCGGGGGCGGCCGGAGGGGCGCGGGGAGACAAAGGGGGGCGGCGGCAGCCCCGCCGGACACCUGCCCGCGCCCGCUCGCCCCGCACGUACCCAGUAGCAGCAGGCGCUCUGCCACAAGACUCCUGUAGCUGUUACUUCCACUCAAUUGGAGGUGACUGUCCAAUUGUAUGUAGCAACGAGGUAUGUCCACCAGAUGGCUCUACUUCAAGGAGUAAUACAAUUCUGUUGUGUUGGAAUAAAUUGCAGUGGCUGCAUGGUCUGACCUUGGACAAAGCAGGUCUUUUGGAUUGAGGGAGCAAACUGGAACGCAGGAUGCCUGCUGAUCGGGAAGUGCGCUGAGAUUUCUCCUACAGACUUAGAUUCUAAUUUCAUUUGUAAUUUGGAAUGGCUCCCAGUGCUCUGCAAGGCCUGUCUAAAUGAC